UCCGGUCUACUAUGAUGCUAAUGGUGUCCCAAUAAAAUUUUGACAUCUCACCAAUUUGAUGUGUCAAAAUUUAAGAAAAAUCAUUUCCACGUCAACCUGCUGUUCUAACUGGGUUUUGUACUUUUCGCUUGAAAACUGCCCACACAGUGAGUGAGAGAUAGGAGCGAGAAAAAUGGGUUGGAUCGGAGAGCAGAUCGAUUCAAUCAAAUCUCUACAGUUCAGACAAGUCCUCACGCAAGCGAUUAGCCUCGGCAUGAUUGUAACAUCAGCACUUAUUAUAUGGAAAGGAUUAAUGUGCGUCACUGGAAGUGAAUCACCUGUUGUUGUUGUGCUCUCCGGAAGCAUGGAACCUGGCUUUAAAAGGGGUGACAUCUUGUUCUUACAUAUGAGUAAGGACCCUAUUCGGGCAGGGGAAAUUGUGGUGUUUAAUACUGAUGGGCGUGAAAUUCCUAUCGUUCACCGAGUCAUUAAGGUUCAUGAGCGCCAAGACACAGGAGAAGUUGAUAUCCUGACAAAAGGAGAUAAUAAUCUUGGAGAUGACAGACUUCUGUAUGCUCAAGGUCAGCUCUGGCUGCAACGGCAUCAUAUCAUGGGGAGAGCUGUUGGAUUUUUGCCGUAUGUAGGUUGGGUGACUAUUAUAAUGACGGAAAAGCCUAUCAUAAAGUAUAUUCUCAUAGGAGCUUUGGGGUUGCUAGUGAUUACUUCGAAAGAAUGAGGAUUGUGAGAUUUGUACGCACGCAGACUUCAAAAACUUGGUAGAUCUGUCUCUGUCAUUUUGUAGACUGAAGAAACUCAAAGGGAACAGAAAACAUUUUCUUAAAUUGGAAUGUAAUAUUUCUCUCUGUUUUCUUAUUCUUUCCUUUUAUUCUGAGUAUCUUUGUCUUUGUGGAAUGUUGAGUUGGAAUGAAAAACAUGCACGAGUCAAAUUGGCUUCCCGUGAAAAAAGAGUGGAUGAUCGUGAUAUCCUAAAACAAACUUUGGAAUUUAAAACUCAAAUGAAGUGAGUUUUUGCUUAA